AUGGGAGAACUUGGAUUACCUGAAGGUGGAACUGAACCAGCUCAAGAAAUGGAUGUGGAUGAUGUGAAGAAGAUGGAUUUGAUGGAUAUUCAUGAUGUAGGAUCAGUUGCAAAACUUUGGAGUAGUAGGACUUUGAAGGAUGUGAUGACGAAAAUCGAACAUUUUACUCAAAAUCCAUCAGAUGAGACAGGCAUGAGCAACGAAUCAGCCGAAUAUCGAUUGAUUGUACAAGCGAAUAAUUUGGCUGUCGAAAUCGAUAACGAAGUGAUGGUGGUUCACAAGUACAUCAGAGAUCAUUACGCUCCUCGUUUCCCAAAUCUUGAACGACUCUUACCGAACCCGUACGAGUAUCUAAGGGCUGUUCGACUAUUUGGUAACACUGAGCAGCUUAGUUCUGUUCGUGAUGUUUUGAGUUCUGCUACGGCCAUGAUUGUGACUGUCGAAGCAGCAACAGUUUCGGAUGAUCGAAUGCUCAGUGAUCUAGAAUGGAAAAGGGUUGAUAAGGCAGUAUCAGUAGCUGAAGAACUUGAAGAUGCAAGGAAGACGAUCCUAGAAUAUGUCGAAUCACGAAUGUCUCUAAUGGCACCUAAUCUGAGUGCUAUUGUGGGUACACGAACCGCUGCCAAACUAAUGGGUGUGGCGGGAGGUCUUACUGGCUUGAGUAAGAUGCCAUCCUGUAACGUUCACCUGUUAGGUGCUCAGAAGAAAAACCUGGCUACUGGAUUCUCUACUGCUCAUUCGACGCACUCCCAACAGAAACUUCACACUGGGUUUAUCUAUCAAUGUGAUCUGGUUCGAAAUACCGAAGAACAAUUCCGAAUGAAAGCACAACGAACGAUUGGAGCUAAAUGUGUUCUUGCAACUCGUAUGGAUCAUAGUCGACAAUUUUUAGACGGAAGCUAUGGUCUAAAACUUAAAGAAGAAAUCAAAAUCAAAUUAGAAAAGUUAGCUGAACCACCACCACAGAAAUUAACCAAAGCUUUACCAGUCCCAUCUGAAGGACAAAAGAAAAGACGAGGAGGUAAACGAGCACGUAAAGCAAAAGAAGCACAUGCUCAAACCGAAUUGAAGAAAUUAACAAAUCGAUUGAGAUUUGGAGAAAUAGAAGAAGAAGUAGGAUCGUUUGAUGAAACUAAAGGUUUAGGAAUGUUAGGAAGUUCUUCUGGAAGGGUUCGAGUCAAUCAAGGCGAAAGUAGAACGAAAGCUAAGAUGUCAAAAGCUAAUAAGAAUCGAUUGGCUGCUUUAAGAUCUACACCUGGUUCUGGUUCUUCACUUAAUACUUCAGGUACAUCUUCUUCACUUGUUUUUACACCGGUUCAAGGACUCGAACUUGUAGAUCCAGCUGCACAAAGAGCAAAACAACAAGCUGUACUUGAUGCUGCUAAACCUGGUUGGUUUGCUGAAGGUCGGUUUUCGGUGAUUCCUGGAAAAGGAAAGGAUUCCAUGUUGAAAUGA